CGAGAAAUCAACGCAUUGAAGUAGCCUACACAGUGCAUAAAUGCGCCCACGGUGUGGAAGUUGAACAGUCAGUAAACUGUGUCCUUGGGGGCGGAGCCAGGAGUUAGGGGAGGAGACAGGUGUUAGGGGAGGAGAGGAGAGGACGUCUGGUACAGGAAACAAAACUUAAGGUUCAUAGAUGCCGAAGCCAGUUGACGUGUAAGUAGUUCUCUCUUUCAGGAGUAAAAUAGAACGCAUUUUGGAACAAAUAGUCUGACGGACAGUCAUCACAACAAGGAAUGGCCUCUGCUAACACUUCCUGGUCUGAAGAGAACUUUUCAUGUUCCAUCUGUCUGGAUGUGUUCAACAGUCCAGUUACCACGGCAUGUGGACACAACUUCUGCAGAACCUGUAUUACAAAGUUCUGGGAUGAACAAGUCCAGUACAAAUGUCCUGUUUCCAACAAGCGUUUUGACAUACGACCUGAUCUACAGGUCAAUACCUUCUUAUCAGAGCUUGCAGCUCAGUUUGGAACAUCCGUACGAGUCAAAGAGCAGCCUUGUGUUCAACCAGCAGAAGUUCCCUGUGACGUCUGUACUGGGACCCAGCUGAAGGCUGUGAAGUCCUGCCUAGUGUGUCUUAUCUCUUACUGCCAAACCCACCUGGAGCCACAUCAGAGAGUCGCAGGCCUGAAGAAACAUCGGCUGGUCGAGCCUAUGGACCGCCUGGAAGACAGGAUGUGUAAGAAACAUGACCGACUUCUGGAGCUCUUCUGCCAGACUGAACAGGAGUGUGUGUGUCAGUUCUGCGCAGAGGCAGACCACAAUUCCCAUCCUGUUGUACCUCUAAAGGAGGAGUAUAAAGUGAAGACGGCCCGUUUGGGGAAGAUAGAGGCUGAAGUUCAGCAGAUGAUCCAGGAGAGAAAACUAAAGAUUAAGGAGAUCAAAGACACAGUUAAACGUAGCAAAGCAGAUGCAGACAGAGAGAUAGCCGAUGGUGUAAAGCAGGGGCGUUUCUAG